AUGGUCAUGAUCUUGCAGCGGCCGCACCUCACUCUCACUUACGUAAACAUGGUCGCCCGCCUUGCAGCGGGGCUAGCCCUGCUCGGCGCUGUUCGCGUGCGUGCAGAGGGAGAGGCCCUGACGACCGAGCUCGCAGAAGAAGUGCUUGCCUGGGCGGAGGAGAUCCUGCCGAGCCCCUGGGAGGCUGUCUUCAACAGGCCAUCGAACAGGGAUGUGGGCUCCGUGCAAGACCACCCGAUUGAAGAGAAGUACGAGCUCUAUGUGGCUCCGGACUCUCUCGAGACCCAGCGUGAAUUGGACGGCUUCCCGCCCAAUGUCGCGAUGGGCCGAGUGCUGAUCAAGGAGAACAAGAAGCCCGCCAUGCCGCCUACAGAAUACCGCAUGACAGGAGUCGGAGGCGAAACGGUGAGGCACCUCAACGGUAUGGUGAACCCGUCAGGAGCUACAACUGUCUGGGGCUGGCAGAGGCUGAGGUUUUUGGCCGUGAAGACGUGGAUUGAUUACCUCGCGACCCGCAACACCGAGAAGAUCGUCGUUCUCCAUGCCAGUGGCGAGACCCUGUACGCUGGCUGUGACGAAAACACGAUCUCCUACAAGUACAACGAGAUCAUCACCGCCAGCGGUGGGACUCAGACGAUUGUCUUGGCUGCUGAGGUAAGCCCCUGGCCUGAGGAGAUUGCAUGGCGCUACGACCAGUACCCUGGUAUCACGGCAACCAUGUCUACCUUCUUGACAACUGUGGGCGUUGACCCAGCCUUUGCCACAACAUAUGCCGACUGCACCAACACAACUGUCGGAUAUUGCACGACCCCGCCCAAGUACCAGUACGCGAGCUCAGCUUUCAUCAUGGGCCCUAUUGGAGAUAUCUCGGAUAUGUUCGCCGAUAUGUACUUCUGGUCCGACUCAGAGAACCGCCUGGUGAACGAGUACUUCCUCCACAACCCCGACAAGGUGGCGCUCGACUACGCCGGCGUCCUGGUGCUCUCCCUGAACAACAUGAAGCUGGACGGGGGUAUCCCCGUCACGGUGACGACCUCGUCGGGCACGAAGUCUUUCUCGAACGCGAUCACCGGCUCCGCCGUGUGCUUCGUGCACGGCAGCGGGAACUCGUUCGGUGCCCUCAAGGUGCUCGCGCAGGAGCUGCUCGCGUGA